AUGAGUUGGAAAGGGCAGUGGAAUCGCCUGACCAAACUCGCUCUUCAUUGGGAAGCAGAGUAUGUUAGGGAGUCCAUUUAUGACCCUGGAACAGGUGAAAUUGUGCGGUUCGCGCUAAUAAAACCUGAACGUGGUGGCGUUUCCGGCUCCAGUAGCAGACGAGACAUUUGUGAAAACGCUUCCUCCUCCUCCUCCUCCUCCUCUAAUGAUGGAGUCUCAGCUAAAUUUCUGUCACCUACUCCUACUCAUCCUUUUUCUUUACCUUUUUCCCUCGAAGUUCUCCAAAUCUGUGGCUGUCGCGGUGACAUGAACGACUACCAUCAGCUUGGAAUUGACUGA